UGAAGAGGUGAGCAGACUUCUGGAGACCCGCUGCAACCUCUGUUAAUUCUCAACCCUGAAUCAGAUACAUAACCUUAAGCCAUGCGAUUCAGCCUGCUCUUUUUCCUCGUGUUCCUCAGUGUCCUCUACUUCAGCCUUGCGCAAGGUACAUAUGAGGACUGCUGCCUUAAAUAUGCGAAGAAAGUUGAAUGGGCUGCCAAGAAAAGAGUAGUGAGUUACAGAAUACAGCGUCAGGAUGGAGGAUGCAAUCUUCCCGCUAUAGUAUUCAAGCUCAAGCGGGGUAAGCAGUUUUGUGCCAGACCAGGGGAGAAAUGGGUGUUGGAUCUUAUGAAAGAGAUUGAUGAGAAGAAGUACAUCAAAAUACGCCCUAAAAAAGGCUAAACACUCUGAGAACCUAAAAGCUCAAAGGAGGAUUCUGUGUCCAGUCCGUGAUCCAAGCAUCGCGGUUCCACCCACUGUCUUAGACAAUCUUGGUCUGCAGGCUACCCAGCGUCCAUUUCAAUCAGGAUGCAACAGGCUUUUCAGCGCUCUCUGUACGUUUGCUGCUAUCACCACCGUAUAAUGUUUUGUUCAUUGCUUAUGGCCCAGUGCCCAGGUCUGACCAUGCAUGUGUGAGCAAGAAGGAUAUAUGGCCUAGUUACUGAAUGAUAAAGCCAUCUAUAAAUGCUAUUUUAUGGCUUGCGCUUUCACAACGAUUAUAAUUCCUACACUGAAAUGUGGGAGGAAACCUUACCAAAUAUUUUGUCAUUUCCUUAUGAGAUUAUAGUGUGUGUAUUUUAUGUGUAUAUUGUGUAUUGGGCGUUAUGUAAAUAAACAUUCCACUUUUAUUCAUUUGAAACAAUUUAAUUAUUUGACAUGCAUUCUGUUUCAUGAUCAGCUAUGUACAACUAUAGGAACUAGCAGUUAGGUAAUAAAGCAUCAACAAAAUGUACUUUUAGUUUACCUUUUAUAGUCUGAUCUAAAAACAUGAUUAAUCAGUUUAUAACUUUUGUUAUGUUCAUUUUAAACAAUUUACCCAUUUUUUGUCCUAUAUUGCAGCAAUAACUCUGUAAAUGUUUGACUAUUGAUGAGUCACUUUUCACUUUCAUAUUUGCUUUUCUGGCCAUAACUGCUGUUUAUCUGAUAAAGUAUUUUAUUAUAGCUGGGCAAUAAUGAUCAUAUAUUAUUAUAAUCAUUUAACUAUCACUGUAGGUUUACUUAAUGUGACAUCUGCCACCUGUGGUUGAAGAAAUACAUAUAUGACUUAGAGUUAACACUUUAUCAGUCAUUUUAUAUUAAAUUCUUUAAAGAUUUAGAGGUAUAGAUUUAUAGAUUUUAUAUAUGUAAAAUAUUUCACUCUGCUAUAUAAUCUGAUUACUGAAAAUCUAAUGUUUAAAGUGCUGAUUAAAUAAAUAUCUAAAUUUAAAAGCUUACAUGAUUAUGGUAUCUCUGGGUCCGGAAUGCUACAACAAUUAAUUGAUGAUUACUAAGGAUUACAGGAUGUGCAAGUAAGGAAAAAAAAGUGUAUCUGACCUGCAUGUAUAGGUGUGACUCAAAAUGCUGACUUGCAUUUCCUAAACAUCAGGAAAUAAAAACAUAUAUCAAA